AUGGCAGAUGCGAAAGCUGGCCGUAUCCCAAAGUCCAAAGUUGGWAAACCGUGGCUGGCCGAUCAGAAGAAGGCUUCUAAGCAGGGAGCCAAAAUUCCGUUGGAGGCUUUUUUGAAUAUCACAGACCACCCAGAAGAGACUGGCGGUGGCGUGACUAUCGUCCUUUCAGAUGAUGAUGACGACGACGACAGUGAGUUCAAAGUAGGCUCCUCGGCGGCUGGCAGAAAACUUCGCCGUGGGCUGAAGAAGAUCUCUCGCAAAACAAAGAGGAUGUUCGAAAGUCCAUUUAAACGCCAACAGCAAGCUCCACGCCCACAGCCACAGCGAAGAACAGAAUUAGGACCAAAAUUCAUUUGGGGAAACUAUGUUGCACUCUCAUAUGAGUGGGGAGAAGGCCCUUCAGAUCAGCAAAUCUCCAUCACAAACUGCUCUGCAAGCGGCGAGCGAGGACCAGAGGCCUCCUUCUACGUCCGUCAGAAUUUGUACGCCGCACUCCGAAGACUCCGUCUGAUGCCGCAGUUCGUCAAAGGCUGUCGUCUUUGGGCGGAUUUCAUUUGUAUCAACCAAAAGGAUAUAGAUGAGCGGGAUGCCCAGAUGGAAAUCAUGAGCUCCAUUUAUCAGCGAGCGGGAAACGUCCUCGUCUGGCUCGGCGAAGGGAAUGAGACGCUGUAUAAAGCCCUAGAUGAUGUGCAAUUCUUUUCGACUCUCUAUCGUACAGAGUUCCAAGAAGCAUACGACGACGUCGAUCAGCGACUCGCAUUCAUAUGGCGGAACUCCGCCGCCGUGAAGAUGAAAAUGAUUUUGAGUUCGCUGAUUGACUGGAGUCACAACACGGAACCUCUAUACUCAGAUCUCCUGGACGCCUUCUUUUCUCUCAGAUACUGGCGUCGUCUGUGGAUGAUACAGGAGCUAGUCACAGGCACAGCGGAUAUGGCUCUGGUUCUUGGCGAUAGAGUCACGGAAUGGCGAUACAUUCGGGAUGCCGUCUUCAUCUUCGCCGCCAUUCGCGAUGCGUUCGCCGGUGCAAUGAGUUCUGAUGUGCAGGACAACAUUGUACAUAUUGCCAAGAUCGCGCAGCUGGAGCGUGAAACCCACCGGAAAUUCAUCCAGCCACCGCUUGAUAUGGAUAGUCUCUUGCAAAUGACUACUCACUUCCACAAUAGUCCGACAUCAGGUCCACAACGAGGUGAUGUUCUGUGGCAGGCCUUCAAAUUGAUAUCUUAUGCCAAAUGCUUCGAUCCCAAAGACCGCGUUUUUGGAAUUCUGGCAUUGCCCUGUCUGCCAGAUUUGAGGAUUGAGCAUGAUUCGAAGAAGUCAAUUGUUAAAGUCUAUGAGGAGUUUGCUGUGGCUUGCAUGAAUUGA